GAGCAGCUGCGGACCCAGGGAAGAGGAGUCGCCGUCCAGGCAGCCGCUCUGAAGAAACAUGGCUUCCUGGCUCUGGAGAAGGCUGCGUGGGAAAAGGCGCCCCCUCACCGGCUUCUGCUUCUUCCUGGCCAUGUCCGUGGUGGUUCUGACGGGCUUCUCCCCAGGCUUCCCCGGGGCUCCCCCUGAGCCUCCCGGCUGGGCCCGCCGACCCCCCAGGGCGAUGGACGUCCCUGCUCCGGCCGGCCCAAAGGCUCCGAGCUCCAGGCAGCCUGGGAGGAUGGUGCCCCAGGGAGCCCGGGGAGGACGGGUCUCCCCGGAGAGCCCCGGCCUGGUCUGCAAGGAUGACGGAGGCUCCCGAGGCAAAGGCCGCAGCCGGGCCCCCCUGGGCAAGUCCAGCAGCCGCCGGGCCAAGAGGGGUCGCAAGCUGCCUCCUGGUGCCAGGCCAGAUGGAGGGCUCAGCCAGACGCCCUCUCGAGAGCCAGGGCCUGUUCUCAGGCUUCCUGCAGAGACCUUAGGCUGGCAUGGAUGGCGGCGCUCCCGGAUGGCUGCUUCAGGCGCUGGUGCGGCCAGAUGGAGGCUCAGGGCCGAGGCGGCGGGCGCUCUCGGCCAGGCCGGACCUGUUCUCACUUGCCGCUGCCCGGAGGCUUGGACCUCUGCACUGGUGCGGGCCGGGGCGGCCCCAGCGGAGAUGCGAGCUCUCCAGUGCGUUCUGGCGGACUGCGUGCAGAGAUCAGCUGCUGGCCCUGGGAGGGCGGGCAGGCCCGGUCCCAGGCACGGCCAGGCGCCUGCGUGGCCAGCUUCGGCCGGAGAGCUUCGGGCCUCUGCCUGGUGCGGGCCCGGGGAGGGCGGCCCCGCGGGGGCCGGGGAAAGCCCUCCGUGGUUCACAGCGGACGACGUGCAGAAGAUGCAGCUGCUGGCCCAUGGGGAGGUGACGGGCAGAGCCCGGGUCCCCGGGCACGGGCAGGUGCUGCGCGUGGGCCUCUCGGGCCGGGCCGGGGCCGUGCCCCCGGACCUGGGCCGCCUCUGCUCCGAGGGCCGCUGCGGGCUGAUCAAGCGGGCACAGGACCUCGCGGAGGUGCUGGCCUUCCACCUGGACCGCGUGCUGGGCUUGUCCCGCAGCCUGCCUGCUGUGGCGCGCCGCUUCCGCAGCCCCCUGCUGCCCUACCGCUUCACGCGGGGCACACCCCGGCCCGUGGUCUGGUGGGCCCCCGACGUCCGGCACCUCAACGACAGCGACAACGACCAGAACUCCUUCGCCCUGGGAUGGCAGCGCUACCAGGCCCUGCUCCGGCUCCGCUGCGGCUCCCCCGGCUCCGGGGCCCCGCUGGCCGAGCCGCCCUGCCUGGGCGUCCGCCACACCGAGUGGGCCCGCCUGGCGCUCUUUGAUUUCCUCCUGCAGGUCCACGACCGCCUGGAUCGCCACUGCUGCGGCUUUGAGCCUGAGCCAUCGGACCCGUGUCUGGAGGAAAGGCUCCGGGAGAAGUGCCGGAAUCCGGGCGAGCUGCUCCUCGUCCACAUCCUGGUCCGGGAGAGUGACCCGUCUCGCUUGGUGUACAUCGACAAUGCUGGCAAACUUUUGCACCCACAAAGCAAACUGAACUUCCGCCUUCUCGAGGGCAUCGAUGGGUUCCCGGAAUCAGUGGUGAAGGUCAUUGCCUCUGGGUGCUUGGAGAAUUUCCUGCUCAAGUCUCUGCGCAUGGACCCGGAGUUCUGGGACAGUCAGGGAGGGCCCCAGGGCCUGAAGCCUUUGCUCCUCACCAUCACGGAGAGGGCCCAGGUGCUGCUGGACUACAUCCGAGAGCGCAACCUGACCCUGUUCGGCGAGGAGGCCGGAGGAGGACACGGGCUGCCCCUCACCUGAUGGGAGAACACCUGCAGCCAGGGAGCCUGGGCCUCAGGGCUGCCCAUGCUGAAAAAGUACAUUUUCCACAGUGCAAAUGAAAUGUGGAAAACUGUUGGGACUCGCUGCUCCCUGAGGGGGUCAAGACCAGCUGCUGGGCCACGUGGGUGUGUGGCCUUUGCCCCCAGCCCCACCUCCUCUCCUGUCCUCCUCCCCUCUGACAGUUGCAGAGGUGACUCUCCUCGGAGGGACAACUUCUUAGAGAAAUUUCUCUCCCCCGCCAUGAGCACUGACUAAGCAUCCAUGCCAGGCAGGCACCUGUGCCAGGCGCCUGCCCUCAAGGACCUUGUGUUCUGGGGGAAGGCGCAAACGCUUCCUGACUCUCAGAGCCCAGAUGGGGCAGUUCUGUAUUUGUCCGGGUGCCGCAAGGCUCCGUCUCACUGUGUGGGCAAAGGCACCGUUCCCGUCUGCUCAUGCUUCUGAGAGCACGUGGUGGCUAAGGGGGGAGCCUCACCUUUGUCGGGGGGAGGAAGCCAGUCUCCCUGGGCCCUGCCCAGCCGUGGCGACCCGGAAGGGCUCUGGGAGAAGCGGCGUCCAGUCAGCGGACAGAGAUGAGGAUAAUUUAUUUGGGGAGGGGGGUGUUUCAGCGUCUGCUCCGACGUGAGAGCCGCCUUGUUUUCCACUGUGAUUUUCAGUGGGAAGGGGAACCAGCUCUCGAAGCUUUUUGAUUAUAAUGUCUCCGUGAGCUUCUCAUCUCACGUCCCAGCUGCUUCGUUUCCAGUCCCCGGCUCCAAGGUCAGUCCCAUAGUCACCGAGCCGUGGCAACUCUCAUGGCUAAAUUGGAUGGGCUCUAGAGCAGGGUUCUAGAGCAGGGCUUUACCUUGGGAUUCACAGACCCCUGGGGGUGGGGGUGGGGAUGGAGAACAUAUUAUUUCCCAGCUUCUAACAUUGCCUUUUCCUAUUUAAGAGCAAGAUUCUGAGCAGGGAUGUCAAGGAUGUCACAUGACGUGGUUAGUUAGGAACCUCAGCCUUGGAAGGUACGCUCACCCAAGAACCAUUUAUACACCUACAAGAGCCACGUGAAAAAAGGCGGCAUUAAAAAUAAAAAGAAAAGGUAACAAAAUUCUGGCUGAUGCACACAAUGAUGUCCGGGUUAGCCUGGGAAAGUCAGAGCUCACGCUUCAUUUCUUUGGCCAGACAGAUGGUCAAUCAGAGAAGGCCGGGGCUGGAUCUGUGCCCGCCAGGUCUCUCCUGUCAGUAGUGUCCGUUUGGGGGAACGGGGAACUCGUUGGGGCUUUUGUGUGCUGGAGGCCCUUCCCUACGAGCCAGACUGCCCUCUUCCAAAGGAUGGCCGUCUCGCCUUUGCUGAUGAUCACCGAUGCUCACUUAGUGUCUUUUCUUCCCUGGUACCGAAAGCCCAUUGGUUCUGACCCCACUUUAUUGGACCCUCUACAGCCUUGGGAAUGGACUUGUGCGUGCGUGUGUGUGUGUGUGUGUGUGUGUGUGUGUUUGAAGUCCACAGCACUCGAGACCCAGUGAUCUCAAAGCCAAAGCCUUAAGCCAAAGCAAAAGGUCGUUUGAUGGCUUUUAAUUGGCCCCCAGUAGGGUCUCAACGGGUUGAAUGGAACAAGACUCAAGUGUAGAUACCUCCGAGGUGGGGAAAGCUCCUUCCCUGAUGGUGGCCCACCCAGCCAGGACUGCCCCAUCUCUGAACAGGAAUGGGAGGCGAUUCUCCCACGAGAUUAUGGGAAACCCCAUUUUCUUGGGGUGAACCAGAGGAGGACCAAACCAGACUCGGAAGGCUCUUUAAGCAGUUAAGCUACCGAGCUGCCUCGGCUGAGAUGGAGGGGAGCGUGGGGGGAGAGCAUUGACUCUGGAGUCAAGACCCCGCUUCAGAACUUACUUUCUACUUUUGUGAGCCUGGUGAGUUAGCUGCUGAAGCUCACUUUCUCAACUAGAAAAUGAAGGAACUGGAAUGGGUUAAGGGUCCUUAACCUGGGGUCUGAACUAGCUUACGAUUUAAAUAGGGUUUUUUGGCAACUUAUUUCAAUAUAAUUGAUUUCGUUUGUCCUUUAUCCAUCCAAAGGGGUCCCUGGGGUUUAGCAGAUUGCUGUGGUUCAUGCCCCCUCCCAAAGGUGAAGAGCCCAUUCCAGCUCUAUUUUCUUGAAAGACAACAGCCCAGGAGAGAAGGCUCAAUUUGGAGUUAGAGGUUUGGGGAUCUACCAUUUAUAAAAGGAUUGGGACGAACCGCUUGCCUCUCUGAACUUCGGUUUCUGACACCCCUGGGUCCUCCAAGGGCAAAGGCAGAAGGGUGACUAAUAACAUUAGCUAGCAUUUACAGACUGCCUACUAUGUUCCAGCCACUGGGCUAGAGUGCCUACUAUGUUCCAGCCACCAUGGUAAGCACUUCCUAAGUAUUCUCUCACUUGACCCCUAACAAUCCUGGGAAGUCUGUGCUCUUAUCAUCUCUAUUUUGCAUUUAAGGAAACAGAAAAAACCCAGAGGCUAAAUUAUGUGCUCCAGGGCAGCAGCUAGUUUGUUUCUGAGGCUGGACCUGAAUUCAGGUUUUCCCAGCUCCGUGCUGGGUGCACUCGCCUAGUUGUAAAGAAACACGCUGAUCUUCCCGCACUGGGUCCCUGUGUCUCUCGCUGUGUAAGGGAUCUGCUAGAAGAAUUCCAGUCCAGUCAAUAAAUAUUAAUGAAGCACUUACUAUGUGCUGCUAGACAUGGGGGUCAGGGGUCAGGGGGCCCAAGACAAAACACAAGGGUCUUUGUCCUCAAAGAGCUUCCUUUCUGCUGGAGGAUCACCGGAACAGAUCCAGAUUUGCACGAUGCUUUGAGGAAACAGCGCCAACAAUAAGGGGCGUCAACUUGGAACAUUUGCAUUUAUUGCUCACAAUGUUGAGCAUUUAUUAAGCACUCACUGUAUUCCACACCUGCACU